GGCCCAUCUAUUACAUAACCGCGAGGCGUCCCUCCUCCCCCACACCUCUCACCCCUCUCCAAGUCGCAGCGCGUAGAGCAGAUCCCAGGGAUAAAUCCCACUCGCUCUCACGGCAGAAAGUCCACGGCGCAGCUGGGGGUGCUGAGCCCUGGGAUUUUCCCCGCCGCGCUCCCCUCCCCCAGCGCUGCCCGCGGGCCCCCGGCCCCAGCUCCGCCAGAGCCUCCGCCCCGUCGUCCACUCCCCGCCUUUCUGAAGCGCGGACCGCAGCGCCUGGGGCCCGGGAGGGGGCCACUGAGCGGAGACGCGGCACAGUGUGUGCGCCCCGGGGGCAUGUCCGCGCGCCAGCACCUGGGCUGCAGCGGUCGACGCGAGGUGAUGUGUCAGGCAAGAGGAUAAGAGUGGGAUCACCCCUGCCUUGGAAGGGUCCAUGAACAGGCUGACCACCCCGUGAGACCAGCCCCGUGGGGGAGGUGGAGAGAGUGCUGUGGCAGCAACUAGAUUGUUUGGGGAGGAUUCCAGACAACCCUGUGAAGUAGUGCCUGCAUUUGUUGGUGCCCAGCUACUAAUGCAUGAAACGCAUGGUGAUGCCCAGGCCUAGUCCUGCAGGUCCAGCAUUGGAGUGACUUUGGGCAAGUCACUUCAAGAUCAGAAGAAUCGAGUCUCAGUUUCUCCAAAUCUCAGAUGGCCAGUAACCCAUGUGCCAGGUAGCAUUCUGUGCCAAUCUUUGAAUACCAAGAAGUCACUGGACAGCAGAUUCUUUCAAGAUCUCAACUGGAAUAAGUUGGAAAAGAAGAGAAAAGAAUCAACAUUAUGGCAAAAGUAAAUAGAGGUCAGUCCACCGCCCCUCCGGAUGGAGGCUGGGGCUGGAUGAUUGUGGCUGGCUGUUUCCUUGUCACCAUCUGUACCCGGGCCGUAACCAGAUGUAUCUCAAUUUUUUUUGUGGAGUUCCAGACACACUUUGCUCAGGAUUAUGCACAAACAGCGUGGAUCCAUUCCAUUGUAGACUGUGUGACCAUGCUCUGUGCUCCACUUGGGAGUGUUGUCAGUAACCAUUUAUCCUGCCAAGUGGGAAUCAUGCUAGGUGGCUUGCUUGCGUCUACUGGUCUCAUCCUGGGCUCCUUUGCCACCAGUCUGAAGCAUCUCUACCUCACACUGGGAGUUCUUACAGGUCUUGGAUUUGCACUUUGUUAUUCUCCAGCUAUUGCCAUGGUUGGCAAGUAUUUCAGCAGACGGAAAGCCCUUGCUUAUGGGAUUGCCAUGUCGGGAAGUGGCAUUGGCACCUUCAUCCUGGCUCCUGUGGUUCAGUUCCUUAUUGAACAGUUUUCCUGGCGGGGAGCAUUACUCAUUCUUGGGGGCUUCGUUUUACAUCUUUGUGUUUGCGGUGCCUUGAUGCGGCCAAUUACUCUUAAAGAGGACCAUACAACUCCAGAGCAGAACCAUAUUUGUAGAACUCAGAAACAAGACUUUAAGCAGGCGUCUCCCUAUUCAACUUUGACUAAAGAAUGGGUGCAGACCUGCCUCUGUUGCUCUUUGCAGCAGGAAUACAAUUUUUUACUGAUGUCAGAUUUUGUUGUGUUAGCCAUCUCUGUUCUGUUUAUGGCUUACGGCUGCAGCCCUCUCUUUGUCUACUUGGUGCCUUAUGCCUUGAGUGUCGGAGUGAGUCACCAGCAAGCUGCGUUUCUUAUGUCCAUACUUGGGGUGAUUGACAUUAUUGGCAAUAUCACAUUUGGAUGGCUAACCGACAGAAGGUGUCUGAAGAACUACCAGUAUGUUUGCUACCUCUUUGCUGUGGGACUAGAUGGGCUCUGCUAUCUCUGCCUCCCAAUGCUUCAAAGUCUCCCCCUGCUCGUGCCUUUCUCGUGUACAUUUGGCUACUUUGAUGGUGCCUACGUGACUUUGAUCCCAGUAGUGACCGCAGAAAUAGUGGGGACCACCUCUUUGUCAUCAGCGCUUGGUGUGGUGUAUUUCCUUCAUGCAGUGCCAUACUUGGUGAGCCCACCCAUCGCAGGAUGGCUGGUAGAUACGACUGGCAGCUACACCGCAGCCUUUCUUCUCUGUGGAUUUUCAAUGAUAUUUAGUUCUGUGCUGCUUGGCUUUGCUAGACUUGUAAAGAAGAUGAAAAAAACCCAGCUGCGGUUCCCUGCUAAAGAAUCUGAUCCCAAGCUGCAGCUAUGGGCCAAUGGAUCGGUGGCUUAUUCUGUAGCAAGUGAAUUAGAUCAGAAAGACGGGGAAUCUGUGGCUAUGGCAGUGCCUGGUUACAACCCCACAUGACCAAUGACUGAGCCUGGGGAUCUGCAGGGCUGAGAGAGGUGGGACCACUGGAUUGUACAUGUUUCUAAAACAUUUUAUUUUGGCGGAAGCAUUGCCUCCCAAGGAAAUUAUUAUUGUUGUUUUGUUAACAUUUAUGGGGGGAAAUAGCAAAUAACAAAGCAAGCUGGACUGACUCAGUUUCCUCAUUUGAGACUUGUACUCACAAUUCAACUCACGUCUUUCGGGCAAUGAGCAUCCUCCAUGGGGAAUAUUAGGACGUAGCUGAUAUAAUUAGAUGUAAUUGGAGGUAAUUUCAAGGCAUGACCAAAGCAGAUGACCCUGGACAGCAGCUUUUUCUGAAACUCCCUUUUCAGUUAGAAGGUAAAGGGAAACAUUUACAUGUAGGUGUGUUUACUUUACGCUGUUUGGAGAAGGGGCUCAGCUUGAGUGUGGUGGUGAAAGGUGAAGAUGCCAAACCUUUUUCAUAGAAGAGUUUCUCAUUAGGGUUUUAAAUGGGGUUGUUGAAGAAUCCUUCCAAAGGCAAUGAUUAAUACAGAAAGAAAGGGACUGUCUUUUCCCCCCCCUCUUACUCCUCCAACUAGCCCUUGCCUUUGGGUAGGCACCACUUUGAGAAUCCAAAGAAUCAUGGAAUGCCAUAGUGGAAAUGAUCUUAAAGGGUGGCUGGUAAGAUCUAUUUGAAAUUGUGCACUGGAAACUGAAAGCGUUUUCCCUAAGACUGUGUCCCAGGUUCUCACCUCUGUUACUAUCACAUACAAUACUUUAAAUUUCUCAGAACACACCAAGUUACAAGGGCGAUUUCUACCUGAAAAGUUAACACCAACACUUCCUGGUUUGUUUGUUUUUUCCUUAGGAGAAAAAAAAAAAAGCUCCAAUUUAAAUUGCAGACACAUUCCUGUUAGGAACAGAAAAAUGUUGGCAAUAUUCCAACUGGCCAGGACUUGAAUUCUUGAAUCAGCAGGUCUCUGGUGAGAGUUUUUUCCUCAGACAUUUGGGUUUAUCAUUACAAAAAAUAGGACUUUGGGGCUCUGCUUGAAAAAUAUUCUAGAGAUAUUCUAAAGGUAAGAUUCCUUUUUCCCUAUGUUAGUUCUUGCUCCAUUGUGCACUACUCUCUACUCUUCAUCUCUUUAUGGAUAAUUGUUAGAAACUUGGUGGGCCAUUUCAGCUGAAAGAGAACGCUUCAGGGUUUAACCUCAGCAUUAUAGCACUCUCAUAAAUUACAGCUUUGGUCAGGGGAGAGGGACGAGAAGGUUAAGAAGGCGAGUGGUGUGAUAUUUUACAGUUUAUAGACCUCUUUUACAUACCUUAACUCAUUGGAUUAGAGUAGUUUACCAAUUGCCAAGUCCUCUACUUUCCAAUGGUUUGGGAUAGUCACUGAGUCUUCAGAUUGAAGAGGGCGGGCAUGGGAAGCGAAGAGAACGGCCAGAUCCCCCAAUCUAUCUCCAUCCAUUUUACAUCCACAGAAUUAUAAUCCUGAAUCCCAAAUUAUGUUACCCCUGUAAAUAGGGCAAGUUACACAAUUGAAAGGGGAUUUUGAUUAUUUAACACAUUUAAAUCUGACCCUCAAGGAACUGUUUUGACCCUGAAGGCCAUAAAAUCCAAUGUCCCCCAACAGGCCUCACAAAUGCCCUGCCAGGGGAAUUGAGAGAAAAAACACAGCAGUGAGGAGUCGUCUAAGUCGACUAAGCAUGUCAGCAAGAGUCUUUGUCUAUAACUGGGUUAUUUCAUGAAAUCACAUAUUAAUACAUUGCUUUCAGAAUCAAAUACUGACUUGAUUUGAUGGGAGAAACCUGUAAUAUUUCAUAGUUGUUUUCCAAAGAUAAAUUUGAAUGUUACUCGUAUAUUUUUACUUAGAGAAUUUUGUUUUGAACUCACUUUGUCAUUUUUAAUUUUAAAAAAUAUUUGAAAAAUAUCUGUAAAAAGUCAAAGUUAAAAAUGAAGUUCUAUGUGUUUGAAAUAGCACUUUACACUAAAAGUCAUUUGUUGAAUCUUCAAGUGUAAACAUUUUUUUGAAAUAUAGUUAUAAAUAUUAUUAUACAUAUUUUGCCUAGUGAUGGUCACAGUAAAAUU